GUAUCCUUGAUCACUAUUCCUGUUUGAUGAUUCAUAAUUAUGAUAUCACAUAGUCGUCUUCGCUACACAAUUCCGUAAAGGGUAUAUGUACGGUAUUUUGCUAUACACGUUCGAUAUGUGAUACUGUAGAUUUUUAAAGCAUAGGUUUCUUUCAGAUUUGCGAUCCACGCGUACGAAUUGACAACUUUUUUCAGGCAGUCAUCACCGGAAUGUCUGUGGAAUGCCAUUCCAGACAAAACUGAUUCACGUGGCUCUACCCUUUUUUGACAAAAAUCGCGUCUGAACCUGCGAUGAACAAAACUAGGUAUACCUUCGAAAUAGAUGAUACCAGCACAGGAAAGAUUCAUUUUAAACGUAGUGGAAUAAACUUCAUUGUUGCGUUAUUUAAUUUUAAUGAAGAAUAGGUCCUAUGUUAGAUUGGAAUAUUUGAAGUCAUGUGUCAUCAGCGCAGACUUGCUUUUCGAUUUCGAGUGAUUCGCUAGGAGUUUUAUGAAAUCAGUCACUAUCAGAAAGGAUCAAUCACUAUCAAUGUUUAUCGAAUGCAUCGGCAACUCUCAGUAGCAAAUGAAAAUCAGAGAAGAUUCUCCGCCUGGUGCCUAUGUGGUGACAUCGAACGUGAUGGCAAGAAAGUAUACCAAGCCUUCUGAAGUGAUUGAUGCUUGUAUGGAUGUGCUUAGAGAAGAAGGCGGAGAUAAUUGUAUAUUGCAGACGGAGAGCCCAAGGGCAACCACACAAAGGGGUGAGUCCGUUGAUUUGCCUCUUUCGCCCACAAUGGGAGAAUUUGAUCCUGACUUGUUGCACCCAUUUUAUCCUGAUUGCGAAAAAAUUGCGGACAGGACAAUGGGGCAAGGAAUUUCCAGCGUAAACUUGAGUGGAGAUCCAUUUUCACCAGAAAUGCUGUCUCCUUCCAGUAACCCCAGCUUCAGUGGGAGGAACGAUUCAUCAAUGUCCAUGCGGUACCCUCGGCAAUGCGAGGAAAGAGUCGCAGAAAAUAUUGGAUUAAAUUGUGAUAUAGUAACAGGAUCGAAUGAACAAUCUGGUUUCACUGUUCGGAGGCAUUCACAACACGCCCACGUUGGCAGAACAGGAAGGCGUUUCCUGUCUUCCGAAACAAUAGGUUCCAGCUCGAGUUGCAGUCAUAACUAUAUAGCAAAUGUACACAAGCAGGGAGCUGUACUUGUGGACCAUAACCUCGAUGACGCGAGACGAGAGAAUAGCGCCGUAUUUUCGGCUUCCGCUAAAACGGGCGAAGAAGAUCGACGAACUCUCAGAGACAAUAGUUCGUCGACAUUCGAGAGUGUGUUGAAAAGUGUCGUAUCGUCUGGCGUUUCUUGUGAGUUAGAUACGGCCAUAUCUGCAACUCGUUCGCGUCGAGGAAGCGCUAAUAUUCAGUCAAGUGAUAUAUUUACUAACAAAAUAUCACCAAAAAGCCGUAUAUCAAACUAUUCUUCUUGUCGAUUGAACGUGCCACAUGACGAAUUUUUAUCCUGUGAUAUAAGCGUAGACGAGAAAGUGUCUAAUCAGCGCGUCGAUGCGAGCCUACCGAUGACAAAGAAUUACGCAUCGCAUAAAUCUAGCGCGUGUUUGUUAGAAGAAGAGUGGAAGCGGAAGUCAGAAUAUGGCAGUGCUGAUCCAGCAAUGCACGAAGCCAGUUUCGGACAAGCGAGUGACGUACAGUCGUUGAUUUAUUCAGCUAAUAUCGGUAAAACUUACUCAGCCUCGGGCAGUAUAUCAGAUAGAAUUGUUGGCACAACUGGAAAGGUUCGUUUUGACUCAGCAUCUAAUCGGGCAAGCAGACUACCUGUUGGGACGAAAAUAAACUUAAGUCAUGACGAUAGAAGUACUGCUGCCUCCUACGAUGUUGGCACAUCAUAUUUGCCUGUUCAGACACUGACGCGUAAGGCCAAUUGUGCACAAGGUGCUGGGCGGGAAAGGCAAGGUUUAGACAGGCCCAGUGAAAAAAUUGCCGUAAGCAGUUCUUAUUCCAAUGCCCAUGAUUCCUCUGGGGAAGACAAUAAUAAACCUGUUAAUUUAUGUUUACUUCAGGAAAAACGUGAAUAUCAGUUAGGCCAAAAACAGUUUCCUUCUAAAGAUACGAGAAAUAGAGAAUUCCGCAAAUACACUAAAUCUUUUUCAAUUAGACCAAGACCUUACCAACAUUCCAAACGAUUAAACGAAAGUCAGUGUACUGUAGGCGCUGUUUCUCCAGAUAAAAAUCAAAUAUUCGAUUUGGGAUGCAUCGACGAUAAGUCAGACUGGAAUAGAAAGGCAGGAAUUUGUGACAUGGGAGUAGAAAACAGAACUAAUCUGGGAACCUAUAACAAAGAACCAUUCUUAGCUGGAUUUGGACAAAGAAGUACGGCGGAUUCAAAUUUAUCUUCACUAUUUUCAACGAGCGGGUCGUCCCAUAUGAUGGUCACAGUCCCGAUCUGA